AUGUUCACCUAUAGCGCAAGCGAGGACGGUUGGGUGGAAAUGGAAAUGGCCAGUUCUAAUGACUUCCCGUCAUUUAACUACAUGGCCGUGGGAUUUUCUAACGAUGAUAAGAUGGGAGAUGAACCGGUCACUCAGUGCGUUUUUCCGAAUACAGGGAAAGCAGGUGCCUAUUUCAGUUACAACGUUGAUAAAAACAAUGAAGACCCCACUGCUGCUGUAGACUUGACAGCUGAAAAUGAGAAUCUGAAACUCAUUUACGCUCACAGAGGAGAGGAUGGAAUGUACUGUCAUUUUAGACAGAUGAGCUCCAAGGAAAGCAAGUUCGCUCCGAAUCUCGAUAAAGAAUACCAGCUCUUCUUAGUGAGAGGUGAAACGGACGAUCCAAAAGGCCCUGGGCUUCAUUCAUUGGAUCCUCGUUCAGCUGGAUACCCAUACAUAACAGAAAGGAAAAUAAACGUUGGACAAGUGCAAAGGAGAGAUGCGGAGCCUAAGCUUGGCAGUGACAAUGAUACCAUGGGAAGCACACUAGAGACCGAAACUACCGCAGUGGCGUCAUGGCCCAGUCCUGAGACGAAGUUCUGGCUUGUUCGUGUGCAUGGUAUCCUGAUGAUUUUGGCCUGGUUUGUUUUCUUGAUGACAGGCGUGCUCUCAGCUCGCUAUCUUCGCGACAAUUUCUCCUCAUCGACUCCGUUCGGUCUGAAGUGGUGGUUUCAUAUUCUGUCGCAUUUAAAAAAUAAAGCUCCAAACAAAACAAUAUCAAUGGAGAUGCGAAAUCGAUCAGCACAUCGCUAUGACGAUUCUGGAAAAAUAAUCAAUAGUCCACCGAAGAUUAUCAACCAGAAGCCAUUGCACGGUCUUACUGCUUUGUGGGUAUUCUUCGUGUUGUUCUCCAUUUGCGUCGCUGCUCUCUUGAUUAUGAUGUUAACGACAUAA